UGACGCCGAUCGAACACUUGGGUACGCUUGUGUCGCCUGGGUGGACUGUGUAGUUACAGCGAUAUAAAGUGGAAUAAAAUGCCGCGGAUGUGUGUAAAUAGAGACGCCGCAUCAACGCGUUCGCACUCGACCUCCUAGUUAAGACGGGUCAGCUCCGGAGCACCCAGCGGCGGGCCUAAUUUCGUGUUUAUCAGCAAUAUUUCAGGACUUUGAGAAAGAAAGGUUUCAACGGCUGCGACAGUCCCGAGCCGGACGGCGAAGACUCCAUCGACCAAAGUCCUCUGAAUGACGACAAGUUCCGUAAAACCACAGAGGACCUGGAUGUCCUCUUCAAACGCUACGGACAGACCUCUGCUGCGCCCCAGACCUUCUCCAUGCCGGUCACCGUCCAGGCGUCCAAUCAGAGCACACUGCAGUUCAGCAAUCCUGGCAGCGCGCUGGUAACUACCUCCUAUGUCACGUCGUCGCCGCUCACGGAUACCCACCUGCUGUCGCCACAGCAACCGGCUCCCCAGAGGAAUACAGUGUCUCCGGGGUUGCCGCAGCGACCAGCGAGUGCAGGGGCUCUUCUUGGAGGCGACCUGAAUAAUUCAAAUGGAGGAUGUCCAAGUCCAGUCUCUAAUGGAUACACCAGCGCCAGGGCCUCCCCAGGUCUGCUCACCGUCUCCAACGGCAACAGCCUGGGGAAAGUAGUCCCGGCCAAGUCUCCGCCCCCACCUCCCAGCCCGCAGAUGGUCAACAGCCGCAAGCCAGACCUCCGAGUCAUCACCUCGCAGGGUGGAAAGAGCCUCAUGCAGAUGACAGAGGAUGAGCUGGAAUUGGUAAACGAGAACGCCCAGCGGCUGGCGGCUGGAAGCCAAGUGGCACAAACCCUCACCACACCUGUGGUGUCUGUAGCCACACCGAGCCUCCUGGCACAGGGCCUGCCCUUCUCCGCCAUACCUACAGCGUACAACACAGAGUACCAGCUGACCAGUGCAGACAUCACCGCUUUACACGCUCUCGCCUCACCCGGCGGACUGUUGCCGACCACAUGGCAACAGCAGCAGGCCGUCUCCCAGCAGCAACAGCCCCAACAGCAGCAGCAGCAACAGCUUAACCUCGCGUCACUCAGCAACUUGGUCAUGUGGGGCGUGGACAAACAGAGCAGCGAGCUGUCUAGCCAAGUGUCCAGUCUGGCUGCCAAUCUGAGCGUUGGCUCUCCGUCCAACCUGCUCUUGGGUAGAGAUGAGUGGUUGGGCCGGCCGGUGACCCACAUACCUCAAGGCGCCAUGCUGACCGUCAACACAAACUCCAGCGUGAGCAUCAAGUCGGAGCCCGUCUCGCCCGGCCGGGACCGGAGCACCCCGUGUCCCCCGCCGGCUCCGCCUCCUUCCAGCACGCCGUCCUCCACGUCCGGAGGAGCCAUCCUGACAGCUCCGCCUCAGUAUCCCAGCUCCCUGCUCUGCCUGGAGCCGCCGACGGGCCGCUCGCCCGCAGACAGCGUCAGCAGCAACGCCAGCUCCUUUGAAGGCAGCGAUCGGGAUGACGGCAGCGCUGCGGGGGGCGGAGGAGGCGGCGGCGGCGGCGGGGGUGGGGGAGGAGGAGGCGGUAACGGAGGCGGAGGCGGUGGCUCCAACACGGAGUUCCUCAGGGUGUCGAACGAACCAGACCAGGACGGAGGGAACGUAAAACGCAUGAGAUUGGACGCCUGGGUGACAUAGAAGCGUCAUAGAAACGCACAGUGAGGUUUCGUCGUUGACUCUUAAACACUUACACCCACCUUCAUUGUUAGCCCCCCCACCCCCCCCCCUAUCCCCGCCCCACUGCCACGUGACACUAUCGUCCCGCGUCCGCACCUGUCCUGCGUUACACACCGUCAUCCUGGACUUACAGGGCUUCGCCAAAAACAAAGAGACGACCCGGUUCUGAUAUCAUGCUCUGAGCUCAGCUGGAUUUGGCCCCUGGUUUAAGGGACUGUAGAUUUUUAAGGCCUUCUCGCUUGAACGGACUCCCGUGUUGUGAUUUUUUUGAGGUGUUUGACCUUUUUUUUAUGCAAUUUGACGCAGCCACAGGACAUUUUUCACGUGGUUUCUCAGUGACCUUCUUAUAUUUACACGGAGCCGGGGCGUCGCUCACAGCGGCGGGGGGGGGGGGGCGUUACGGGACACCUGCUGCAUGACUCGCCACUUCCUGCUCUUACAAUCCCACGUAGUUUUGAUUGCGUGCUGUCCAUUUUUCCCCCCGGGACUUCACCUGGAGGACUUUGAGGGCUGCUUGGACCUGUUUCGGACUCAGGCGGGUUUUUCUCUGGGUCCAGGGUUCCUACACAGUCUGGAGUUUGAUUUUAAGCGUUUUUCCACGUCUGGAUCAGUUUUGGCGCAAAAACUAUCCGGAAAAAUAGCUGCAUUUCCAGAGUUUUACUCAUAAAUAUCUUUCCUUCCUUCCUCCUUCCAGUUUCCACCUUUCCUUGUGUCCUGCUUUGUUCUGUCCUUCUGCACGUACCUUCCACACUGCAAAAACGGAUCUAAAACAAGUAAAAUGUUCUUAAAGUUAGUCUAUUCGUCCUAGAUUUGAGCCAGUAAAUAAGAUCAUCUGCCAGU